AUGACAAAGGAAACUGAUGCGCAAUUUGAUAAUAGAUCUAUGACAAAUGAUGAUAUUUUGGAGCGUGAUAUUAGAUUUGUGUCCAUGAUCAUUGGCUACAAGGUCUACCAGUGUAGCAAACUGAACUCAGUCUCUGGAAUAGCCAUUUAUGCAGUGUAUCAAAUGGUGAAAGAGGACAUGCAGUAUGAUCUUUGUUCAUUCCUUCUUGAGGAUCUCCUGAGAAAUUUGAAGAAGAUAAAAUCUAAUAAGAAGAAAAUGGGAUUCACAAGAGAGGUAGUGAAACAAGAAAGGGAGAAGCAUGCUCAAAUGGCAGAUGAGGAGGAAUCCAAGAAGCCCAAGGUUGAAUCAGUUCCCUCCAAAGCUAAACCAAAGGAGACCAAGUCUGCCCCUACUUCGGUUGCAGGGAUGUCAGGUAAGAUUUCUGUUCUCAAUACAAGAGAACGCACUAACCUUGAGACAAAUUUCUGCUUAGCAAGAUAUUGUAGUUGCUACUGCCUGGUGGACAUGUAUGCAAAAUGUGGAAGCAUAGACAAGGCGCGUAAAUUGUUCGAUAGAAUCCCUCACAGAAAUGCUUUCUUAUGGACUGCAAUGAUUGCAGGGUAUGCACAUAAUGGAUUUGCUGAAAAGGCUUUAGAAACUUUUAAGCAAAUGCAACUGGACGGUAUAAAGCCGGACACCACAACCUUUGCCAGUAUCCUCCCUGCCUGUGCCAAAAUGGGAGCUUUGGUUUGGGUGGUGGUUGUGUGGAUGUAUUUCCUUGGUGCCUGUAAAUCACAUAUGAAUAUAGGUUUAGGAGUAUUUACAGCGCUGCUGAUUUUAGAUUUGGAUCCUAAUAAUGCUACAACUUAUGUUCUUCUCUCGAACAUCUACGCAGAAGUAGGCAGGUGGGGUGAGGUUGAAACGGUAAGGAGAUUGAUGAAAGAUAGAGGAGUUACAAAGAUACCUGGAUGCAGUUGGAUUGAAGGCCAUAAAAUGGUACAUGCUUUUUGUGUAGGAGACAGAUCACAUCCACAGACACGGGAGAUCUGUGCAGAGUUGGAGAAAUUGGCUUUGGAGAUGAAGGCAGCAGGGUAUUUUCCAGAUUCAAGACAUUUAUCUAAUGACGUGGAAGAGGAGGAAAAGGAAUUUUUUCUCUCUCGCCAUAGUGAAAAGUUAGCAAUUGAUUUUGGUUUGUUAAACACACCACCCGGAACAACUAUAAGAGUUGUUAAGAACCUUCGCGUAUGUUCUGAUUGCCACGCUGCAACAAAAUUUAUCUCCAAGAUUGUUGCAAGAGAAAUUGUUGUGAGAGAUGCUAACCGUUUCCAUCAGUGGAGAUUAUUGGUGAUGCUAAUAUGGAGCAAUUUGAAAAAUAGGCUUGCACCGUGUGCUGUGUCAGACCUGCAGUAAUAAUGAAGGGACGAGGUUUUAUUUUCAGUCUCUAGAAAGUUUCCUGUCUUGUUUUGAGUAUUUGGCAUUCCAGACCAUACUGUUGUUUCAUAAAUUGAGAUGCAUAGAGUGCAAUGCAGGUCACUGGGUAUAUAUAGAUCAGUGCAUAGAGUGCAAUCGGAUCAAGGCCUACUUUAUGAUAAUCUGGAUGCUUUAUUGAAUUGUUUUCACAUGACCUAUACAUUUAUGAAAUGAAAAGUUGGAGGAGAGAGGGGAAAAGGACUAAGGUGAGGAACACUCAAAAUUAAAUGGAAAGAUGCUUGGUCAGUAGAAAAUUAAAGAGGAGAGCUCACAAUCAUUCUUGUAAUUUUGUAUAAUUUUUUGUUUGGAUUAAUUAUAUUAUAUUUUAUCUAUGUCAAGUUAAAAUUUUUGAAAUUAAAUUACAUAUUUCAGAUUUAGUAUAUAA